CUGAAAAGACGACGUUGUCCUUGCUUCAUCUUUCUUGCCCGACACCUGUAUAUCGUUUCAAAGUUUUCGUGUCUUUGUUCUUCGCUUCACACAGUGUGUGUAUCUUUUGCUUUGACACCUGGGUUCUGCUCAGUGGUAUCGUGUCUAUGAUACCUCACUCCACCGAGAGGUAAAUAGACAGAGCUUCAGUUUGAGAGAGAAAUAGCGUGAGAGAAAGAUAGAGAGCUGCAGGCUGCGUUAUAUCUAUCUAGGGAUAGAGAGAGAGUUUGAGACUGAAGAAGAGGGAGACGGGAAGAAGUUGAUGGUCGAUUGGAACAGAAAUUGAGUAACUGAUCAUCCCAGGUAUUCUACGAUGGGUUUGAAUUUGUUUGAUUUACUUUUUUUGUUGGUCUCUUAGUUUUUCCAUGAUUAUACGGUGAUGGGUUUGAAUUUGUUUGAGCUCCAGUUUGUUGUUCCUGUUCAGAACUAAUCUAAGUAGUUUUCAACUAACCUGGGUUCGGAUUUUGUGGUUUUCUUUUCAGCAAAAGUAAGAGAAGAGUUGGGUUUCUGUUCUUGGUAGGAUUUGGAUGUUCUUCGGUUAUACAGUGGCUUCCUUGAUUUCAUGGAUUUGUUUUGUGAUUUUUGAUUAGAUUAGUGUAUGUGAUUUGGCUUUGUUUGGUAGUCUGAGUUUUAUAUUUGGAUGUUCUUCGGUUAUACGGUGUUCAGAAAGCGGAGAGUUCAGUGAAAGAGCCCGGUUUCAAUCCCAGUGGCUGCUCUUGACCUUAAUAAUGAAGAAACAACAAAAGAAGAGUGAGAACGAGAAGAUAGACCAUGAAAUUGUUGUUGUGAAUGUAGAAAAGAAAACAGGAGGAAGAUGAGAAGAAGGGUGAAAGGUCUGGUGCUUCGUGCUCAAGCUCGGAUCUUCCUUGCAUGGAUAAGCUCAGGGAUCAGCUUUCUUGAGAGCAAAAGAUACUCUAAAAGUGCAGGCAAGAAAACAGUGGAGUACAUGGUGGCAUUAGCAGAGAAAUCUAAAGACAUGUCCAUGUCUGCAGGUACACUGCAUGCAGAUCUCAACAACUGUGUGACUGCAUCUGGUAAUCAGCUCUUGAGGAAGUCAAUCUGCACAUCCAGAAAUGGUACCACUUAUUGGUCAGUAUCUCCGCAAGCUUCUAGACUUAGAGAGGUCGUUUGGACAGACAUCGAUGUUAUAUGAAGCAAGGAAGGUAUUGGAAUUAGUUGACCUAUUUCCAACCAUGAUGAAACAACAAUGAGGAUGCAGCUAGGGCUCUUAUGUUUGCGGGCAAAUAUUAUGAACUCUGUUCUCAGGCAAAGGUUACUGUUGUUAAUG